CCUGUAUGUAUGGAGUCCAAUUGCAGAAGCAGGAUGGUCUGUGUUUGAUGAGCAAUCAGAUUGGAUCACUGGAAGCAGAAACAACCCUCUUCUUCAUCCAUUACUAGCCAAUCUAACCACGACAGAGUGAUGACCGCGAGUUACCUCCCAACCCCCUCGGCGCAAACCCCUAAAAAGUGGAGAUUUACUUUGGGAACACGCAUGGAGGAGGUUCUUACCCCGGCUUUCCAUGGUAACUGGCAUGGGGUGAUUGUGCCGACCAAGGAGAUUGGACAUCUUUCAAAUGCCACAAAACAGGCACUGAAUUGGUGAUGACCUAAAUCACAAUGUAGCGACAAAACUCUUUCAUUGUGGAAUGUGGAGAAAUGUUGGCGCGGUCACACAUCCACAGUGACUGAGGGGCACACAGCGCAAGAGUCUCAGCUGAUGGUUGGAUUCAGACAUGUGUGAGUCUUGGUAUUCUGAGUAUCUGGGUCCCUGUCAGCCAAAUUAUACCAGAAUUAAUACUUCAAAUUGCUUCUUGGUGAUAUCUUUUUGUUGUUGUUCUUUAUCAUUAAAACAUGAUAUGUCUAAUGGAAUUUUAUUACGAUCAAAUUUGAUAAACGACCUUGAUCAUUAAGCUCUUAUUUUUGAAAAUAAUGUAUCUCAUUUGUCAAAAAUGUCCCUCUCAGUUUUCAUUUUGAUGUAUCACCUGAUUUAUUUGUAAGGUCUAACAAUUAAAUUGUACACAUUUUUAAAAUGUAGUUCCCUUAUGUGUGUACUUUGGUUGCAUUGUAUGAACAUGUAAAUGCAGCAUUCGGAUUUGUCUAAUUGCCUAUCGUUUUGCUGUCUAUAGUAUGUGCAUAACUCAAUAAUGAUAACGUUUUCAUUCAUUCAUUCAAUUAUGUAUCUUCAGCUGUAUUAUACUUUAUGUUGUCAGGAAAUAUAGGUUUUUAGCAUGCUUACUUGUGUAGAUCUGUGUCUGACCUAUGGUGGCUUACAUUUAAAAUAUAUCUGACACAUUCUCACUAAAAUCACAUCUGAGUUCUGAAAACGACACACAGCAAAUUCCUCUGCAUCUCUGAACUGUUCCCAAAGAAAAGAAAAACCUCUUGUCCGGUUGGACUUUUAAUCAGCUGAGUGUUUUGUCACAUGGCUGGUCUUACACAGAGCUCGAGAGGCGGAGAACCAGCCAACUCAAGGCACUGAAAUCGGAUUGUUAGAAGGCGGAGAGAAAUGAUGUAAAAUCACCAGAGGCAACAUUCGAGCAAAUCUUGAGUGAGGCGUGUGUGGGAAGGGUUCUUGUGAAUUAAAGUAGUCACUGCAGGAGAGGAAUGGGGGGAAAAGAGGCUGAUCAUUUAGAUGUCAUGCACAGAACAGCGCACAGUGGAACAGAAAGGCGACACUUGUAUAUAUUCCCAGCUGGGCAACGCUCCUUUCAGUCAGCUGCAGAACAGCACUCCUUUGAAUGAGUUGAAGAGUCAACAUCAAGCAGCACUGUACUGCCGCUGGUCAUGUGAAUGCAGAGUUUAGAGGUGCAGAACGAGUCUUGGAAAGUUAAGAGGCAAUUCAAGAUGCUAAAUAUGUUAUUGUCAUAUGCACAGUUACUCCGUACAAUAAGAAUAUGACCCAUAGGUCCUCAUGUCACACAGAAGUACUUAAACUUAAUGUAAACAUGUAAAUUAAACAUAGAAAUACUAAAAUAGAAGGUUAAUGCUAAUAGUAUAGUAUUUUUUGGGGGUAUGAAACGUUUCUGCAAACCACUGAUACGUUAUUCUUUCAACACAAACUAUCUUUUUUCUAAGUGCCCUUCAUGACUAAAUCCAACCAAUCGUUACACAAUGCUGACCACGUGGAACCUGCAAGUGUAAUAAGAAACUGAUAUGAACCAUAUUUGUGAAAUGUAUUUUUGGUUCAGAAAUGUCGAUAUUCAGCAUAUCCAUGGUUUGCAGAAUCAUUCAAUGCCAACAUUUAUUCCUGGCGACUGGGUUGCGUCAUUGGCUUGUUGGAAAAGUUAAAAGAAAUACUAAUUAGUAUUUAUUUAAAGCAAAUAGUCUGAAAAUAAUCCCAAUAUGGUCGAGUUAAAGCAUGACAUUUAACUGUACUUUGAAAAGCUGAAAGGACUGGGAAAUUAGAAAGCCAUCAAAACUAUAAGGCCAUCUUCUAUUUACUGAAAACCCUCUUUUAAUCUAAAUAUGUAUAGUUUGGGUUUCCUUUUCCCUCUUCUUGUUCUAUUUGUGUCACCAAUUGUAUCCUUGUGUUUUUUUGUCGUAAUUAUUACAUGUGUACCUGAUAAAGGUCAUAAUAAUCUCUGCCAGUGUUGUAUUGCAGCUUGUUGAUGCUGCCCUCAGAUGGCUACACAACAUAGAUUCCUUGGCAUGAGCUCAUGCAGCACUCAGACAAGACUUGUUCAUAUGUGAAUAUCUACUCAGGUUUAUUACCUUGUAAAUGUUGUUCGUGUGCAAACAAUGUGCAAAAUUGUACAAAUAAAAGCAUGUGUGCACCUAUAGUUUACUUCAACUGAAUUUAUUCCCUGAUGCACGAGACAAAAACUGUGGGAAAGUCAUUGAUGGCCGAAAGGUAAACACUCCGUUCUUAGCUCAGCUUGAACUCUGUUGCACAAAACGGAGAGGAAAUUCUCGACCAGUUUAUUUAAUAAUUACAAUCACCUUUCUAUAGUCUGAGAACUGGGAAAUGUGAUGUCAGAAAAUGGGUUAUGUUGCUCCAGCUGUGAACAUGAACGCAAGCCGAGUUUAUUUUGACAUUAAUACUCAAGUGAUAUUGAACGCCUGAGGAAUGCAUGAGUGGAAAAAUUAAACAUUUAGAGGAUCACUGGUCUCUCUGGUUUAUACAAAUGUUUUUUGUCUUAAUUACUUAAGUUGCAAUUGUUACGAUAAAAGAGAAAAAAAAGCAGAGCAACAUGAGGUUCUUGAUUAAGAAGUAUGACCAAGGACACUUGGAGGAGCCAGAGUUUGAAUCGCUGAUCUUCCAAUGAGAAGUCUCUGAGCAGUCAGUGGUGUGGGUCCGUGUACGGACCGGGUCGCUCUGUUUCAGGUCUGGCACGCCUGGAGCAUCACCAGCUGAGAGACAUCACGUAAACAGUGGGUGGGACAUAUAUACUCCGAUACAUUUUUCUCUCUCUCUCUUUUCACCUCCGAGCAUUCUGUGGUACGGGGUUGAAGGCACAGACGUGAGGUGUUGUUUCUCAAAUGGACGUGUUGGCCGCUCCUGCAGACAGACAUAAAGGAUGGUACCUUUCUCUGAUGGCACCCAACACAAAAGGUCCAUCGUUUGCCUGGCUGGAUCCAUCCAGACUCUACUGCAACUCCCAGGCUUUUGGAGACUGUGUCAAAGACCUUCUCAGCCCUUUCCACAGCGACAGUAUUGACCUGGUUGUCGGGAUAGAUGCAAUGGGAUUCAUUCUUGGUACAUCUGUUGCUGCCACCCUCGAAAAAGGUUUUCUGGCCAUUCGAAAAGAAGGACACUUGUGUGUUGCUACCCACAAUCAGAACUACACAGACUACACAGGCAGAGAAAAGACUAUGGAAGUAAGAUUGGAUGUGCUAAAACCAGGUAUGAGGCUGCUGUUGGUGGACCAAUGGAUCGAGACUGGAGGCACCAUGAAGGCUGCGAUCCAGCUGGUGGAGAGGCUCGGAGCCACUGUUGUAGGUGUAGCAGCCGUGGCCAUCGAGAACACUGAAGGAGGAAAGUGGAUUAAAGAAAAUUACAAAUUCUCUCACUGCAUCCCUGAAGAGCUCCAGAGCCAAAUUGAUCAAAAGCAUCUUGAUUCCUUCAAAAGUUCUGAAGAAUAAAAGAUUAUUCCUGACAACUUCA